GUUAGGAAGAAGAUCGCCAUAGCCGGCGAGCCGGCGCGUGAGCUGCGCGCAAAGUUCCAGUUUGGUGGGCGCUAUGGAAGACGGCAUUGGUGAUGCACCUGGGGCGAGGAGGCUGACGCCAAGGGAGAGGUCGCUACUAGGGACGGCGUUGCUCGCAGUUGCACGUCACAUGCAGACGGUGACUGACGUGCGGCGGGCAAGCGGAAGACAGAGGGGCAGACGGGAGGCCGCCAUAGCCCAGGCUUUGAUGGACGUGCACUCCUCGCCAAGCCUGUGGGAUGCGCCGUUCUUGUUGUCGAAUGCAAUCGCGGCGGGUGUCAUGCCGAGGGAGACGCCGAGGUGGUGGGUGAAAAGAAGGACGGGUGGAACUUGGAGGGACCUCACCAUCGCCGACGAUGCGAGCGAGGACUACUUCCAUGACAAACUGCGGAUGACGAGGACGGUGUUCAACGACAUCGCCGCCGCUUGCAGUCCUUUCAUUCAGCGCAGACUGACUCACUAUCGGGAGCCAUUGCAGCCCGACCAUAUCGUGGCUUACGCGUUGUACCGGUGGGCAUCAGGAGAGACUUUCGAGAGUAGCACUUCGUCGUUCGGCAUCGGGAGGUCAUCAGGCAUCAAGGUUGUGGAUCAUGUGACAAAAGCUAUACUGGCUGCGUAUCCAGAGAAGAUAGCGUUUCCUACCGGCCAUCGUCUCCUACAGGUCGUCCGAGCAUUCGGCGGCAAAGGUUUCCCUAAUUGCUUGGGCGCAAUCGACUGCACCCAUAUUUACGUUGACAAGCCUGCAAACGCGCCGUCCGAAAACUACUUCGAUCGUAAGCAGCAGUUUUCAGUCGUGGCGCAGGUUGUCGUCGACCUUGACAUGCGUGUCAUCGACGUGUUCGUCGGUUAUCCAGGAUGUGUCCACGAUGCCCGCGUGCUGCGGAAUUCUUCACUAAUUAGGCGAGCAGAGGCGGGCGACAUCUUCAUGGAGGACCCCAUCAUCCUCCCGGGGGGGGUAAGGACGACAGGAUACCUGCUGGGGGACAAUGGUUACGCACCCCGCACUUGGAUUGUGGUUCCAUACGGAGGGUCGGAGCAGACGGGGGACAUCGCUCUUUUCGACACGCGGCAGAAGACAACGAGAGGGGUAGUGGAAAGAACAUUCGGGCGGCUUAAGGGGAUGUGGAGGUUAUUCCUUCGUCAUCACAAGACGAAUAUGAAUAACCUCCCGCAGCAAUUCACUGCAGUGUGUAUCAUCCACAAUCUGUUGUUGGAGGCCGGGGUCCCGUUCGACGAGCGUCUGUUGCUUGACCGCGACCGAGAGGGGAACACUGUCCCCAUAGACCUUGGCUUGCAAGAUUUGUCCCAGCCAGUCUCCCAAGUCGACGCGACGGAGGCUGCCCUCGCUCUGAGUGAUGCUCUGCGCAUGCAAAUGCGAUAGUUGGUUUGCAUCCCGUAGAUGGGGAUUGCUGAAUGGUGGAGCUUUGCGGGUGUUUUGUGGGUGGGGGAUUUCGGUCUGCCCCCAUUCACGGUCACAGCGGUUAGUGCAGUGCAAAGGUUCGGGCUUCGCCGUGGAGAUUUGGGGCUGAGUAGGGGGGGUCGGGGCUGGGUAAGGGGGGGUUAGUUUAGUGUCAUUUGUUUUCGUGUUCCUAUUGAUGAGAGUCGACUUGUAUUUUCAGUUUAGGUGAACUCGAUCUUAUUUUCUUCUUCUCGCCUCUGUUGUUUUUUUACUAAUGAUGGUUGUUUUUCUCUUUGCGAUUGUUCGAUUUUCGCCAGCAUGGGAGGGUGAUGUUUGAAGGAAGUUGGGGUGCGUGUGAUUUGAUGACAUGUGUUUGAAAUUUGUGCAUUCCAAUUCGAGCACUGAAUGUGAUGAUGACUUCGAGUGAGCUUUCAUAUGAAACGUAUUAUAUGUCAGUUAUCGUGUCAUCGUUUAAUCGGUAUUCAAUAAUCGCGUUCAGACCAUUGCAAACGAAAGCGAUAAAUAUCAUGCACGACU